UCAUGUGACCUCGCCCGAUGAUCUCCAAUCCGCCUGCGUAAAGCUGACCGACUAUCACUCACUGAACCAUGCAUCUCAUGUACGGGCUGGUAUGGUAGGUAUGCAGGUACUACCCCGCACCGUCUUUGCACUUCACACGAUUAGCUGUUCCUGCACGUUCGACAUCCCCAUCCCGCCAUCGACAUCCCCACUUCCACCCGCCAACACCACGCACGAUGCCCCCACCCCCUCCCCCUCCCCCUCCGCCACAAAAGCAAGCCCAAAAGACUUUAACAAUCCUGCUCACCGGCUUCGGCCCCUUCGUACGAAUAAGCGACAACCCGUCAUGGUCCAUCGUGGAGACGCUCUUAUCCAGCGGACCACUUACCAUCCGCACUCCUUCCACACUCUACACAAUCCACCUCCUCCCCCACCCCUCCGCCAUAAAAGUCAGCUACGCGACUAUCGAUGCGCUCGUCCCCAGCCUGUGGGAGACAGGGACGCGUGCUUGGGACUACGUGCUGCAUAUUGGCGUUGGCCGCGAGGGUGGGUUCAAGCUUGAGCGAAGGGCGUGGGUAGACGGGUAUGUGCUCAGGGAUGUGGAUGGGCGGUUUCCGGGGGAUGGAGGGGUGGGGGACGGGGUGGGUAAGGGGGAGGGGAAGGGGAAGGGGAAGGGGGAGGGGGAGGGGAAGGGGGAAGAGAAGGGCGUCGAGAUGAAGGGCGUGCAUGGCGGCGAGCAGGCGCUGCCGCUAGACGAGCGCCCUGGAAGACAGCUGUACACCGCACUGGACGUUGAGGCGAUCGCGAAGUUCGUCGGCGAGAGCGUUACUGCCAAAGAGGACGCCACACUAGUCGACAUCGUCGCCAGCGGCGAUCCGGGUAUGUUCCUGUGCGGGUAUACGUUCCGCGCGUCACUGCUGGAGGCGGAGAAGCGUGGCGAGGAGGAGAGGGCGCGCGUGCUGUUUCUGCAUGUGCCGCCGAAGGGGAAGAGGUAUGGUGUUGAUACUGGGGUGGACGUGGUGCUCAAGGUGGUGGAGGGGAUGGAUAGAACGGGAUAG